UACUGUACGUAGAGUUCGCACUCUACUCAGUGGUGUGCAUGCCGAGAGUGUAGUGAGUUGGCCAUCUGGCCGAUGAUGGUUUGUAUUCCUCUUAAAUCACGAAGAAUAUAAACUACAAGAUGGCUUUAUCAGACGAUUGCAGCAAAUACAGACAUGAGAAGCUUAUUGAUAUUGGUGGCAAAUCUUUCAAAUACUUCGACCUCCUCAGCAUAAAUGACCCCCGAUAUGAUGAACUUCCAUUCUCUAUCCGUGUGCUCUUGGAAUCCGCCAUCAGGAAUUAUGAUGAUUUCCAUAUCAAGGUUAAAGAUAUUGAAAAUAUUCUGAAUUGGAAGGAAAACCAACUGAAAAGUGUGGAAGUUCCAUUUAAGCCAGCUCGUGUUAUUCUGCAAGACUUCACCGGUGUUCCAGCGGUAGUAGACUUCGCUGCCAUGAGAGAUGCUGUGAAGAGACUUGGUGGAGAUCCCGAGAAGAUCAACCCAGUUGUACCAGCGGAUCUAGUUAUUGACCACUCUGUUCAAGUAGAUGUUUCUAGAAGCUCUUCUACUUUUAGUUCUGACGCCCUGAGGAAGAAUCAAGAAAUAGAAUUUGAGCGUAACAAAGAGCGAUUUCUCUUCCUUAAGUGGGGAGCGAAAGCUUUCAAGAACAUGUUGAUAGUACCGCCAGGCUCCGGCAUCGUCCACCAGGUAAACCUUGAGUACCUUGCCAGAGUGGUGUUUGAGAGUGAAGAUGUCCUUUACCCUGACAGCCUGGUUGGAACUGAUUCUCAUACCACCAUGAUCAACGGUCUAGGAAUUGUUGGGUGGGGAGUUGGUGGCAUUGAAGCUGAGGCAGUGAUGUUGGGUCAAGCCAUUAGCAUGGUCCUACCAAAGGUCAUAGGUUACAAACUUACUGGAAAGAUGAAUGCCUUAGCAACUUCCACAGAUGUAGUUCUUACAAUAACAAAGCAUUUAAGGCAAAUAGGAGUAGUUGGUAAAUUUGUAGAGUUUUUUGGGCCAGGCGUUUCGCAACUUUCCAUUGCUGACCGAGCAACAAUCGCCAACAUGUGUCCCGAGUACGGUGCAACUAUCGGGUACUUUGCCAUUGACACUGUUAGUCUUCAGUAUAUGAAACAGACCGGUCGCCAAGACACGAAGAUUGAGAUGGUAGAGAAGUACCUAAGGGCAAACGGAUUAUUUAGAAACUUUGACGAUACCAAGCAGGACCCAGUGUACUCUGAGGUUAUUGAAUUAGAUCUGUCGACCGUUAUGUCCUGUCUAAGUGGGCCGAAGCGACCUCAUGAUAAGGUUGAUGUAGUCACAAUGAAGGAGGACUUCCAGAAAUGUCUGAAUAACCCAGUUGGCUUCAAAGGGUUCAACAUUGCGCCAGAUAAACAGAGCAAAUCAGUUCCAUUUGUUUAUGAAAAUGAGGAAUUUGUGCUAAAUCACGGAUCUGUUGUAAUAGCAGCCAUUACCAGUUGCACCAAUACAAGUAACCCAUCAGUCAUGUUAGGAGCAGGUUUGCUUGCAAAGAAAGCAGUGGAGAAAGGUUUGAUUGUAAAACCUUACGUGAAGACAAGUUUAAGUCCUGGUUCUGGUGUUGUAACUUACUAUUUGAAAGAGAGUGGUGUCAUUCCAUAUCUGGAAUCUCUUGGUUUUAAUGUAGUUGGUUAUGGAUGUAUGACAUGUAUUGGUAACUCUGGUCCUCUUCCUGAAUCUGUGGGUCAGGCAAUUGAAAAAGGUGAUUUGGUUGCCUGUGGUGUAUUAUCAGGCAACAGGAACUUUGAGGGACGUAUUCAUCCAUUGACCCGUGCAAAUUACUUGGCAUCACCACUGCUAGUCAUAGCCUACGCCAUUGCAGGCAGAGUUUCUAUCGAUUUUGAAACAGAACCAAUUGGUGUGGAUGCGGAUGGGAAGAAUGUGUUUUUGAGGGAUAUUUGGCCCUCCCGUGAAGAAGUGCAAGAAGUAGAACGUCAGUAUGUAAUACCUGCAAUGUUUAAAGAAGUCUACGCAAACAUCACAAAUGGUAACGAGAGUUGGCGUUCUUUAGAUGCUCCUGAUGCAAAACUUUACCCAUGGGAUAGCUCGUCAACGUACAUUCAGUCUCCGCCAUUCUUUGAAAAAAUGACAAAGGAUUUACCUUCUGUUGGUGGUGUUGAAAAUGCAUGGGCUCUCCUCAAUUUGGGAGAUUCUGUAACAACAGAUCACAUUUCCCCGGCAGGCAGUAUAGCUCGCAACAGCCCUGCUGCUCGCUACUUGGCUAGUCGUGGUUUGACACCACGUCAAUUCAACUCGUAUGGGAGCCGGAGGGGUAAUGAUGCCAUAAUGGCUCGCGGCACUUUUGCAAACAUUCGUCUAGUUAAUAAAUUCAUUGGCAAAGCAGCACCAAAAACCGUACACAUUCCAUCGGGCGAUGUAAUGGAUGUAUUUGAUGCAGCUCAUCGGUACCAAAGUGAAGGAGCGUCGCUGAUCAUCCUCUCAGGAAAAGAUUACGGGUCAGGUUCAUCAAGAGAUUGGGCAGCAAAAGGACCAUGGAUGCAGGGUGUUAAAGCUGUGAUUGCAGAGAGCUAUGAGAGGAUCCACCGUAGUAACUUGGUUGGCAUGGGAAUCAUUCCACUGCAGUACUUGACUGGUCAAACAGCUGAAUCUCUAGGACUUACUGGUAAAGAAAAGUACACUCUCAGCAUACCAGACAACGUACAAGCAGGACAGAAAAUAAAUGUACAGGUGGAUGACAACAAGACAUUUGAAGUAAUUGUUCGUUUUGACACAGAUGUUGAGUUAACCUACUUUAAACAUGGUGGAAUUCUGAACUAUAUGAUCCGUCAGAUGCUGUCGUAGAUGUUGAUCUAGAGCAUUUAAAUUCAUUGGACAUGGACCUCAAGCUUAUAUCAGAUAUGUACAUAGAGAUAUCCAAUAUACAUGCUAUGUAGCUUAUAUCAGAUACCAUACAUAGAAUUGUCCAAUACACAUGCUCAUGAAGCUUAUAUCAGAUACCAUAUGUAGAGAUUUCCAAUACACAUGCUUAUGAAGCUUAUAUCAGAUACCAGAUGUAGAGAUUUCCAAUACUCAUGCUCCUGAAGCUUAUAUCAGAUACCAUGCAUAGAGAUAUCCAACAUACAUGCUAUGUAGCUUAUAACAGAUACCAUACAUAGAGAUAUCCAAUACACAUGCUAAGGAGCUUAUAUCAGAUACCUUGCAGAGAGAUAUCCAAUACACAUGCUCCUGAAGCUUUUAUCAGAUACCAUACAUGGAGAUAUUCAAUAUUCAUGCUAUUUAAGCUUAUAUCAGAUACCAUACAUGGAGAUAUCCAAUAUACAUGCUAUUAAGCUUAUAUCAGAUACCAUACAUGGAGAUAUCCAAUACAUCUGCUAUGAAAUUUAUAUCAGAUAAGAUACAUAGAUAUCCAAUGGUGUAUUAUCUUUACUCUUAAAUAAUGAUUUCAAAUUAUAUUUUAACCAUCUAACUCAGGAAUUAAAUGACAACCUUUUGAUUUUAACUUUAUUUGUCUAAAUUCCAACAUGUAGAAUAUUAACAUGUUGUCCAUGGAAUUAACCGCUCGAUGCGAUGCCGAAUGUAUAUGUACGUAUCUUACCUCAUUAACCAACAUAGCAUCUUUGUUAGCAUACCAAAUUUAUAUAGUAUGCUACUAUUUUGAAAUACAGUAUGUAACAUUUCAAUUAAUGAGAGACAAAUUAUGUAAACCCAAAAUUGAAAAGUGUAACUUUUCAAAGUGUAUUUAAUUUUCCACGAAGUGUUUUUUUUGCUGUUGCUAGGAACAUUGAUGUUGAUAAUGUUGUUGGUGUUGCUAGGUACUUUGGUGUUGCUAGGCAGCACAUGAUGUUGAUUGAAGCAUUAGAUGUAGACCAAAUUCCAUUCCAUUUCGAUGUAUUAUAGUGACAAAAAAUCAGUAAACAAUCAUUCAUAUAUUUUGCUUGAUUAAGGUGCUAAGAUGGUGGAACCUGAUAAGAAUUUCAGCAAUUUAUUUUUGGCAUAUUUAAGUUGUACUAUUUAAAAAGAAAAAAAACAGUUUAAUAUUGUGUGGAAAAAGGCUGAAAAGUAUUACUGUACAUUCAUUCAUUCAUUUAUUAAAUGUUUUUAUAAAUGAUCAUGCUACUGUAUGAAAACCAUAUUCUAUAAUUUUGGUACCUUAUACUUGCAUUGUCGCGCUUUUAAGUAAAUGGCGUUAUUAAAAAAAAUACUGGGUAUACGAAAGGGAUGAUACCAAUAUGGAAAACUUAUUGCAAUUCAUAAAAAGCAAGUAAAAAAAAUGGAAACAAACAUUGUAGUAUAAUAAACAUACAAUAAAAAUGAUCUUUUAAAACCUCUUGUUUUCUCAAUAUUUAAAAAAGCUUAUGUUCAAUGAAGGCCACAGCAGGCUAUACUGUUAAAAGAAUUAUGGGUAAAAUUUUGGUAUUGGGUCUAGAUUAUAGUUUAGUGAUAAUUAAAAUAAAAUUAUAUAAUAUACUAACAAAAAUACUUAUAGUGCUAUCAGUUUAUUAUUGAAGAUACAGUAGAAUAAUGACACACAAUCUUCCAAAUAUGUCAUCAGAAUGAGAAAGCUGUAUUAUCCUAUGUUAUUUGUUUUAUAGUAUUCUCUGUGAAGAUUUAGUUAAAUGUUAUAUCGGUGUUGAGAAAUGUAUAAAUGAAUGGUUGAUUAAAGUGGCUACCAGGAAGUUAUAUCAGUCGGUAUAUA